AUGGGCUUCCGCUUGGCUCUGGCAUGGACACUCCUGGUUGGGCCAUGGAUGCCCAUGGGAGCUCGGAACUCCAUUUCAUGGGAGGUGCAGCGAUUUGAUGGGUGGUACAACAACCUCAUGGAGCACAAGUGGGGCAGCAAAGGCUCUCGGCUGCAGCGCCUGGUUCCAGCCAGCUAUGCAGAUGGUGUGUACCAGCCCUUGGGAGAGCCCCACCUGCCCAACCCCCGAGACCUUAGCAACACCGCCAUGAGGGGCCCUGCAGGGCAGGCCUCCCUGAGAAACCGCACAGUGCUGGGGGUCUUCUUUGGCUACCACGUGCUCUCGGACCUGGUGAGCAUUGAAAAGCCUGGCUGCCCAGCCGAGUUCCUCAACAUCCACAUCCCGCCCGGAGACCCCGUGUUCGACCCGCACAAGAGCGGGGACGUGGUGCUGCCCUUCCAGAGGAGCCGCUGGGAUCCCAACACCGGACAGAGCCCCAGCAACCCCCGGGACCUGACCAACGAGGUGACGGGCUGGCUGGACGGCAGCGCCAUCUAUGGCUCCUCGCACUCCUGGAGCGACGAGCUGCGGAGCUUCUCCGGGGGGCAGCUGGCGUCGGGGCCCGACCCCGCCUUCCCCCGCCAGGCGCAGGACCCGCUCUUCAUGUGGACGCCGCCCGACCCUGCCACAGGGCAGCGCGGACCGCAGGGGCUGUACGCCUUCGGGGCGGAGCAAGGGAACCGCGAGCCCUUCCUGCAGGCGCUGGGCCUGCUCUGGUUCCGCUACCACAACCUGUGCGCGCAGAAGCUGGCCCGCGAGCACCCGCUCUGGGGGGACGAGGAGCUCUUCCAGCACGCGCGCAAGAGGGUCAUCGCCACCUACCAGAGCAUCACUAUGUAUGAGUGGCUGCCCAGCUUUCUGCGGAAAAUGCCACAGGAGUAUGCAGGAUACCGCCCUUUCCUGGACCCCAGCAUCUCCCCAGAGUUCCUGGCAGCCUCUGAGCAGUUCUUCUCCACCAUGGUGCCCCCUGGCGUCUACAUGAGAAACGCCAGCUGCCACUUCCAGGGGGUCAUCAAUAGGAACUCAAGUGUCUCCAGAGCUCUCCGGGUCUGCAACAGCUACUGGAGCCGAGAGCACCCAAACCUACAAAGAGCUGAAGAUGUGGAUGCGCUGCUGCUGGGUAUGGCCUCCCAGAUUGCUGAGCGAGAGGACCACAUGGUGGUUGAGGAUGUGCAAGAUUUCUGGCCUGGGCCACUGAAGUUUUCUCGCACAGACCACCUGGCCAGUUGCCUGCAGCGGGGCCGGGAUCUGGGCCUGCCCUCUUACACGAAGGCCAGGGCAAGACUGGGCCUUCCUCCAGUUACCAGAUGGCAGGACAUCAACCCUGCACUCUCCCGGAGUGAUGGCAUUGUGCUGGAGGCCACAGCUGCUCUGUACAACCAGGACCUGUCCCGGCUGGAACUACUCUCUGGGGGGCUCCUGGAGAGCUAUGGGGACCCUGGACCCCUCUUCAGCACAAUUGUCCUCGAUCAAUUUGUGCGACUGAGGGAUGGUGACCGUUACUGGUUUGAGAACACCAAGAAUGGGCUAUUCUCUGAAAAAGAGAUCGCAGAGAUCAGAAACACUUCCCUACGGGAUGUUCUAAUAGCUGUUACCAACAUGACCCCUGGUGCCCUGCAGCCCAACGUCUUUUUCUGGCAUGCUGGAGACCCCUGCCCACAGCCAAGACAGCUCAGCACCGAGGACCUGCCAGCCUGUGCUCCCCUCAUCAUGCGGGACUAUUUUAAAGGCAGUGGAUUUGGCUUUGGGGUCACCAUUGGGACUCUGUGCUGCUUCCCCCUGGUGAGCCUGCUCAGUGCCUGGAUUGUUGCCCAGCUCCGGAGGAGAAAUUUUAAGAGGCUCCAGGUCCAGAACCGCCAGAGCAUCAUGUGUGAGAAGCUCGUGGGGGGCAUGAAAGCACUGGAAUGGCAGGGCCGCAAGGAGCCCUGCCGGCCUGUACUUGUGCACCUGCAGCCAGGCCAGAUCCACGUGAUGGAUGGCAGGCUCUCCGUGCUCCGCACCAUCCAGCUGCGGCCCCCGCAGCAGGUGAACCUCAUCCUGUCCAGCAACCACGGACGCCGCACCCUGAUGCUCAAGAUCCCCAAGGAGUAUGACCUGGUGCUUCUGUUUGACCUGGAGGAGGAGCGGCAGGUGAUGGUGGAAAACCUUCAGAGCGCUCUGAAGGAGAGUGGGCUGAGCUUCCAGGAGUGGGAACUUCGGGAGCAGGAGCUGAUGAGGGCAGCUGUGACGCGGGAGCAGCGGAGUCACCUCCUGGAGACCUUUUUCCGGCACCUCUUCUCCCAGGUGCUAGACAUUGACCAGGCGGAUGCAGGGGCCCUGCCCUUGGACUCAUCACAGAAGGUGCGGGAGGCCCUGGCAUGUGAGCUGAGCCGGGCCGAGUUUGCUGAGUCCCUGGGCCUCAAGCCCCAGGACAUGUUUGUGGAGUCCAUGUUCUCUCUGGCUGACAAGGACGGAAAUGGCUACCUGUCCUUCCGAGAGUUCCUGGACAUCCUGGUGGUCUUUAUGAAAGGCUCCCCCGAGGAGAAGUCGCGCCUCAUGUUCCGCAUGUAUGACUUUGAUGGGAAUGGUCUCAUUUCCAAGGAUGAGUUCAUUAGGAUGUUGAGGUCCUUCAUUGAGAUCUCCAACAACUGCCUGUCCAAGGCCCAGCUGACCGAGGUGGUGGAGUCCAUGUUCCGGGAGGCUGGCUUCCAGGACAAGCAGGAGCUGACAUGGGAGGACUUCCACUUCAUGCUGCGGGACCAUGACAGCGAGCUCCGCUUCACACAGCUCUGUGUCAAAGGGGUGGAGGUACCUGAAGUCAUCAAGGACCUCUGCCGACGAGCCUCCUACAUCAGCCAGGAGAAGCUCUGUUCCUCUCCCAGAGUGAGCGCUCACUGUCCCCGCAGCAAUGUGGAUGUCGAGGUGGAGCUGACACCAUGGAAACUGCAGUGCCCCACAGACACAGACCCUCCCCAGGAAAUUCGACGGAGGUUUGGCAAAAAGGUAACAUCGUUCCAGCCCCUGCUGUUCACCGAGGCUCACCGAGAGAAGUUUCAACGUAGCCGUCGUCACCAGACAGUGCAGCAGUUCAAGCGCUUUGUGGAGAACUACCGGCGCCACAUCGGCUGCCUAGCCGUGUUCUACACCAUCGCUGGGGGCCUUUUCCUGGAGAGGGCCUACUACUACGCCUUUGCAGCUCACCACAUGGGCAUCACAGACACCACCCGUGUGGGCAUCAUCCUGUCACGGGGCACAGCAGCCAGCAUCUCUUUCAUGUUCUCUUACAUCCUGCUCACUAUGUGCCGCAACCUCAUCACCUUCCUGCGAGAGACCUUCCUCAACCGCUACGUGCCCUUCGACGCCGCUGUGGACUUCCAUCGCCUCAUUGCCUCCACUGCCAUCAUCCUCACAGUCUUACACAGUGCAGGCCAUGUGGUGAAUGUGUACCUCUUUUCCAUCAGCCCACUCAGCGUCCUCUCCUGCCUCUUCCCUGGCCUCUUCCAUGAUAAUGGGUCUGAGUUCCCCCAGAAGUAUUACUGGUGGUUCUUCCAGACCGUACCAGGCCUCACAGGAGUCAUGCUGCUCCUGAUUCUGGCCAUCAUGUAUGUCUUUGCCUCCCACCACUUCCGGCGCUGCAGCUUCCGGGGCUUCUGGCUGACCCACCACCUAUACAUCUUGCUCUACAUGCUGCUCAUCAUCCAUGGCAGCUUCGCUCUGAUCCAGCUGCCCCGCUUCCACAUCUUCUUCCUGGUCCCAGCACUAAUCUAUGUGGGGGACAAGCUGGUGAGCCUGAGCCGGAAGAAGGUGGAGAUCAGCGUAGUGAAGGCGGAGCUGCUGCCUUCAGGAGUGACCCAUCUGCAGUUCCAGCGGCCCCAAGGCUUUGAGUACAAGUCAGGACAGUGGGUGCGGAUCGCCUGCCUGGCUCUGGGGACCACGGAGUACCACCCCUUCACACUGACUUCUGCACCCCACGAGGACACACUUAGCCUGCACAUCCGGGCCGCAGGCCCCUGGACAACCCGCCUCAGGGAGAUCUACUCACCUCCAACAGAUGAGAACUGUGCCAAAUACCCAAAGCUGUACCUCGAUGGACCGUUUGGAGAGGGCCAUCAGGAGUGGCAUAAGUUCGAGGUGUCAGUGUUGGUAGGAGGGGGCAUUGGGGUCACCCCCUUUGCCUCUAUCCUUAAAGAUCUGGUCUUCAAGUCAUCAGUCAGCUGCCAAGUUUUCUGUAAGAAAAUCUACUUCAUCUGGGUGACACGGACCCAGCGGCAGUUCGAAUGGCUGGCUGACAUCAUCCGGGAGGUGGAGGAGAAUGACCACCGGGACCUGGUGUCUGUGCACAUCUACAUCACCCAGCUGGCUGAGAAGUUUGACCUCAGGACCACCAUGCUGUACAUCUGUGAGCGGCACUUCCAGAAGGUGCUGAACCGGAGUCUGUUCACGGGCCUGCGCUCCAUCACCCACUUUGGCCGCCCUCCCUUUGAGCCCUUCUUCAACUCCCUGCAGGAGGUCCACCCACAGGUCCGGAAGAUUGGGGUGUUUAGCUGUGGCCCCCCUGGCAUGACCAAGAACGUGGAAAAGGCCUGUCAGCUCAUCAACAGGCAGGACAGGACUCAUUUUUCUCACCAUUAUGAGAACUUCUAGGCUUCCUGCCCAGGGCUUCUGCCUACUGCCCAGAUGGGCAGCAGUCUGACCCUAUACCUUACCUCUAUAUUUCCUGUUCCUGGCUCCCUAAGCCAUCUCCCCAUUCCCAACUCCCCACCUUGGUCCAGGUGGCCAUGGUCAGUCACCCCACGUGGGUUCAGAAACUUCCAGACUGGACAAAUGCAAGGCACUGCAUGGGGACUAAGGGUUGGGAGGUAGGAGAGCUGCUAUUAUUGCUUUGGGGUAAAGUGGCACAUCUUCUUCCAAAAUAAGGAAAAAACCUCAAAAGACUGGAAAGUGUGUGUGUGUGUGUGUGCGUGUGCCUGUGUGUGUGUGUGUGUGUGUAGGGGACUGUGAGCCUGAGGAUGAAGUGAGAGCACAGAUGCUGGCAUCUUAAAACCCCUUUCCCCAAAUCUCCCCUCCUCUGGGCCCCCACUGUCAAAAGGACUGACAAAUGCCUUAGAGAGCGUAGAGGGUAGACCCACAGAGAGCAAUUUACGGGAACCCCCUUGUACCCUAUUCUAAGAACACAGUUGAUCUUUUCUCCUGUUAAACAUGUACUGUAGUCAGAA